GAUCUGAGUUGCUUCAUGACGUCCCCGCGUCUCUGCUCCCCGCGCUGUGUGCAGUUUGACAUGCAGAGGAUCACGCUGGAGGAGCUCAAGCACAUCCUCUUCCACGCCUUCCGGGACCACCUGACCAUGAAGGACAUCGAGAACAUCAUUAUCAACGAGGAGGAGAGCCUCAAGGAAAACGGCGGCAACUGCGUGGAGUUCGAGGGAGUGCACCCCGCCAAGAAGAACCGGCAGACGUGCGUGAGGAAGAGCCUCAUCUGCGCCUUCGCCAUGGCCUUCAUCAUCAGCGUCAUGCUCAUCGCGGCCAAUCAGAUGCUGAGGAACGGCAUGGAGUAGCCGUGACCACUGUGAGCGGGACACACCAGAGCAACUUGUGCAUGUGCAUGUCAGCGGACGUUAUAUCGUCCCCUGUCCCGACCAAAACCACGAGAACGACCCACUCAACAGAUGUACUAAUUUAUACACGCAUAGAAAUAUAUCCUGCCCCAGCCCUCCCCCCCCCCCCCCCACCCCCCUUGUCCACCUUACCCGCGGAGGCAGCAUGAGGGGUCCUGACCUCUCUACCCCUUUAACCUGACAGGGACAAUCAAGGGCUGACUUUCCACGUUCAAAACUCUGUGUUAUCGUCUGUGACUCCCC